AUGGAACGAGCAAAGCAGAAGCGUGCAUCGAGAAGACGUCAGGUGACGAAACUCAUCGGCGAAGCAUCUACGGCUAUCGCUAACGAAUCGACGGACCGGAUGUUACUUGAGAGUCUUCUGGAACGGUUGCGGGUAAAUAACGAAGAACUCACGCAUCUUAAUAACGAGUUGGAACAGUACCUGAAGGAUGACGAGAUGGAAUCCGAGCUGGACAUCGCAUUGCAGUAUGAGGACAACGCCGUAAGCACCAUGGCAAAUUUGCGAACGAAGAUCUCCGGCCUUGGUGCUACUCCAAUAGCAACAACGACAGCUCAAGUGACUGCAUCGUCGCCUCAAUCCAACAACACAACGAAAUCCAACGGUAUCCGACUUCCCAAGUUGCAACUGGUGAGGUUCCGCGGCGAGCUGGCAAUGUGGGGAAGCGUCUGGGAACAGUUCAAAGGCGCCGUUCAUGAAAAUGACUCCCUCACCAAGGCGGAGAAAUUCUACUAUCUACGCUCUUUGCUGGAUGGGCCUGCAGCGACAGCAAUUUCUGGUCUACAAGCAACGGAGGAAUGUUACGCAGACGCCAUUGAGGUACUGACCGUACGCUUUGGUGACAAAAGGCGCAUCGAAAGGGAACACCUGUCAAGGCUUCGGACACUUCCGUACGUCAAAUCAUAA